CCAUGAAGGUUGUUUUCUCACUUCUCUGCAUCUGUUUCCCCUUAGUAGCAAGUGGCAAUUACAGUGUGGUGGACUUUGGGGCCGACCCCAAUGGAGAAACCGACUCGACUCAAUCUUUCCUGAAAGCCUGGGCCUCUGCUUGCAGCUCAGUCACUCCUGCCACAAUCAGUGUGCCUCCUGGGAAAUUCUUGAUCAAGAAGGCAGUCUUCAGAGGGCCAUGUAGUAAUACUGCAAUCACCAUCGAAAUGAACGGGACACUGAUCGCCCCUUCCGAUUAUCGAGAGCUUGGUGGGUCUGGUAAUUGGCUUUUGUUUGUCAAGGUCAGUGGGUUGUCCAUUAAUGGCGGAACACUCGACGGGCAGGGAGCAAACUUCUGGGCUUGCGAGAAGAACUGCCCAGCUGCAGCCAGGUCAAUUACAUUCAACUACGCAAUGGAUGUAGUGAUCAACGGCUUAACUUCCAUCAACAGCAAGAACUCUCACAUUGUGAUCAACGGUUGCGAGAAUGUUACGGUCCAACAGGUGACAGUGGUUGCCCCUGAUCAAAGCCCAAACACAGAUGGCAUUCAUGUGCAGAUGUCAUCAGGGGUCACCAUUACAAAUACUAGUAUUAGAACCGGCGAUGACUGCAUCUCAAUUGGCCCAGGUGCCACUAAUUUAUGGAUCCAAAGCAUUGAGUGUGGGCCGGGACAUGGGAUAAGCAUAGGGAGUCUGGGCAAGGAUCUUGUAGAAGAAGGAGUAAAGAAUGUAACAGUAAAAGAUGUAGUGUUCACAGGAACUCAGAAUGGAUUUAGGAUCAAGUCAUGGGCCAGACCCAGCAAUGGAUUUGCAAAACAAGUUCUUUUUCAGGAUGCUAUUAUGAAGAACGUCAGAUACCCAAUAAUAAUCGAUCAAAAUUAUUGUCCCAACACCAAAGGAUGCCCCAGUCAGAGCUCUGGUGUCAAAAUUAAUCAAGUCACAUACAGAAACAUUCAGGGAACAUCAACAACAAAAGUGGCUAUGAAAUUUGACUGCAGUGUGAGCAAUCCAUGCAAAGAUAUAAAGCUAGAAGAUGUGGGUCUUACUUACAGAGAGAACCCAGCACAAUUGACUUGUGUCAACACAGAUGGAAUUACUGGCUUAGCUUUGACAUCAAGUUGUUCAUAG